AUGUCGGAUACGAUCAGCAUCACUUUUCAAGUAAAUGAAGUGUAUAAAGGUUCGAUUAAACCAGGAGAAUUAGUUAAAAUUCAAACAUCUCUCGAACCUGGUAUGUGUGGAAUACUUGUUGAGCUAAACCAACAAUGGCAAAUAUGGGCAUAUGGUAAAAAUAAUUCUGCCACUAUAUGCGAUAGUACACAAAAUAUUGACGACAAUAGAAAUAAGUUGAUGGAGUUCUCAGCAUUAGCUGAAAAACGGAAAAUAGCGAAGAAAAUAAGAGUAACAAAACCUACAUCGAUGAUGAAUAGUCCAGAGUCGUUCGAAAAAGGACACCAUAAAUUACCGUUAAUAACAAUAACAUCAACAACAGCAACAAUAACAACAACUACAACAAUAAUAACAACAUUCAUACAAGAAAAGAAAACGUCAGAUGCUGGUAUUCUUUAUCCCAAUAACCGCGGCUAUUCAGUUACCGGUUACAAAAGAAAUUAG